AACAAUUGCUUGUUUUACUUCCUAAAUGCUCUAGACGUGAUCUCUUCUGGUACAAACCUGCAAUCGUAACAAGUUCCACCGAAUUGUUACACAGUUCUUUUUACUACUCAACAAGCUUCACCACAAAAGAAAAUCAUCGAAUGGGUUUCGUACAGCGUGCUCUCUUCACGUGGUUCAUUUUGCUUGUGUUUCUGGUGGUGCUGUGUUUACGGCUGGAAAAUCGCAUCUAUUGGAACUGGUUUCUCGUCUUCAUUCCAUUAUGGCUGUACGACGUGAUACUCGUUGCGUGGGCCGUUAUCGAAAUCGUCCAAAGGCAGCACGCCAACCGGCUGAUCUCGCUGCACCAUUACAAGUAUUACGUGGUGGGAAUAGUGUUAAAAAUUUUCUCCAAAAUCACCAUCUGCCUGAAGCUCGAGUACAAAUCGAUACCGAUGUACGUGAUGAUGAUCCCGAUCUGGAUGCUGCUAGCGCUGCUUAUCGUGUUCGUUGGCACCCACUUGCAGCCGAAACCACGCUCGAUCGGAUCGAACCGCAGCAACCGACAGUCGGCGGGCGUAUCCUCAUGAGGGUAUUUGAAACUUCGCGUUUGCGAAAUCGAACCAAGCGCUACGGAAUAGCGAGAGGAUGGUCACUCCUCAUAGAGAGCAUUGAACCACCAUACGAUAGCCGAACAGCUUACGGCCAAAAGACUUGAUCAAAACUAGCUUCAUAUUUCGCGCCACACGUUAGGUUUAAGCAAAUUGUAUGUGUUGUAAUGUUGUACAUCAAUCUCGUACUGUAAUAAACAUUUUUUUCGAAA